CACCCACAGCCCGCAGCCCGCCGCCAGCAGUUGGUUCGGUUGGCGCGACGCAGUGCGACGUGUGACGCGCGACGCGAGGGGACGCGAGUCGGUGCCGCAGCCAAGACCGCGAAGCGCGAAGCACCGCGAAGGCGAAGCUCGGCGAAGCGACGGUCGGCGACUUGGACGCCAAAAGCGACGCGCCGCGGCGGCUCAGCCAGGAUAAGGCACUUGUGCAUCGCCAGCAGCGAAGAUGCGCGGCGGCUUGAGGGAGCAGUUCGAGCGCGACGGCUACGUGGUGCUGGAGGACUUCCUGACGCCCGCCGAGGUGGAGGCGCUGCGCGCUGAGGGGGACGCCCUGGCCAGGGGCGUGCCGCCCGAGGAGAGGAAGUCCGUGUUCGCGGACCAGGGCCGCGACGAGUACUUCCUCAACUCGGGCGACAAGGUGGCCUACUUCUACGAGAAGGGCGCGCUGGGCGAGGACGGCAGUCUGCUGGUGGAGCCGCACCUGGCGCUCAACAAGGUGGGCCACGCGCUGCACGAGAAGCUGGCCGUGUUCCGGGACGUGACCCACAGCGAGCGCGUCAAGGAGGCGUGCCGCCAGCUGGGGCUGGACACGCCCGCCGUCGCGCAGAGCAUGUACAUCUACAAGAACCCCGGCGUCGGCGGCGAAGUGGUGCCCCACCAGGACGCCAGCUACCUGUACAUGGAGCCGCCCGAGGCGCUGGUGGGCUUCUGGAUCCCCCUGGAGGACGCCACCGUGGAGAACGGCUGCCUGUGGUUCAUCCCCGGCUCGCACCGCGCCGGCGUGCACACGCGCUUCCACCGCAACCCGGACAAGGACUCCAAGGACCUGCUCAUCUACGACCGGCCGCAGCCCACGUACCCGCGCAGCAGCUUCGUGCCCGUGCCCGUGCCCAAGGGUUCGUGCGUGCUGAUCCACGGGCUGGCCGUCCACCAGAGCGACCGCAACAAGUCUGACAAGUCGCGCCACGCCUACACCUUCCACGUGGUGGACCUGGUCAAGGGCGCGUACGCCGAGGACAACUGGCUGCAGCCCGCCGAGGACGCGCCGUUCCCCGUGCUCUACAGCAAGAGCUGGGUGUGACCGUAGCCUUAGCGGUUCGCGCCGAUUUAUUGAAAAGCCACUUUUUUUCGUGAACCGCUAUGACUACCGGGGACUCCGGGGACGCCGCCUGGAGGUCGCCGUCGCGGGGGCAUCGUCCCGGACGACUACCGCCCUGCUCCGCCCCUCCGGCCCCCGCCCGGCCGACCACGUUCUGACUGCAUUUUCUUCUGUGAUAAUUGAUUACCUGGCAACUCUGCGAGUGGCGGGCCCGCAGUGAGACUGUGCCUCGCCAGGCCCGUGUGUUAGCUAUACUUGUUUAAUGAAUACCAUUGUACAUUCGCCUGA